AUGUCCUCCAUCUCGUCGAAAGAGCAAACAGCCCUCUCGAAGGAGGUCUUUGAAGUGAAAGUAGAUGAAGAUAUCGCUGAUGUCGAGUCUCAUUCCAGCUACGAUACCACAAAGUGGUACAACAAGGGUCUGAAGGUAUUCGGAUACGAAUGCAAGGCUUACUCGCAAGGAGAUAUCCAGAUCUUGAUGGUGUCUUUCGUGUGUUUCAUGACUGUGGGUAUGUACAGUGCUGUCAGUGGACUUGGUGCUGGUGGUACUUUGAAUGCAACGGUUGUGAACAACUCCAACGUGGCUCUUUAUGCAACAUUUGCCAGUUUGGCAUUCUUUUCCGGUUCCAUCUGUAACAAGCUGGGUGUGAGACCAUUGCUGUGUUUCGGUGGUUGGGGUUACGGUCUUUACGUGGGCUCAUUGCUGUGUUUCACCAAGACCAACAACGGUGCUUUUGUCAUUGCCUCGGGAGCCAUCUUGGGUGUCUGUGCCGCCUUCUUGUGGACUGCUCAGGGAACUAUCAUGCUUUCGUACGCUGAGGAGGGAGACAAAGGUAAGAAUAUCGGUCGUUUCUGGGCUAUCUUCCAGGCCGGAAACGUUCUCGGAUGCUUUAUCCCAUUGAUCCAAACCGUCAACGACACUGGAGGAAAUGAGCUUGGAACCGCUUCCUAUGCCGCAUUCAUCGCGUUGAUUUGUGUCGGUGCCUUGCUCGCAACUACCUUGCUUCCUACUAAACUAGUCAGAAAGGCCGAUGGUUCCAAGGUCAUGAUGAAGGACAACCCCACAUGGCUCUCCGAGUUCAGAGGUCUCUGGAUGUGCUUGAAAUUGGAGCCUUGGAUCAUGUUGAUGUUCCCAAUGUUCUGGGCUUCCAACUGGUUUGGAACCUACGAGGGUAACGACUUCAACCUGGUCAAUUUCAACAUCAGAACCAGAGCUUUGAAUGCCCUGUUGUUUGCCGUCAUGGAGGUAUUUGGUGCCGUUGCAGCUGGUUCCUUCUUGGACUUGAGAUUCUGCUCGCGUAAGACGAUGGCCAGAGUUGGCGGAGGAAUUCUGUUCCUUUUAACAAUGGCUAUCUGGGGUGGUGGAUUGAAGCCUCAAUUGGGCUACACUAGAGCUAGCGUUGCCGCUGGUGAGUUGGAAAAAAUGGACUGGACCGACAAGAAGUAUGGCGGUUAUAUUGUAUUGUACAUGCUCUAUGGUGCCUACGAUGCCAUUUGGCAAACUUACUGUUACUGGUUAAUGGGAGCUCUCACCAACUCCUCUAGAAAGCUUGCCAUUUACACUGGUUUCUACAAGGGUUUGCAGAGUGCUGGUGCUGCCGUCGUUUGGCGUCUGGAUGCUCUUGAGACCUCCUACAUGGCCAUGUUUGCCUCUACAUGGGGUCUUUUGGCUGGUUCUCUGCUUAUCGCCUCUCCUGUGGUUUUUUUCAAGGUCAAAGAAGAGACUGAUGAGGAGGAUGACAAGCACUUCUUGGACCUGUAG